AGCUGACCAACACUUCUCAUCGCCGCUAGGGUUUCACCAACAUGAUUCUGCUCGCCCGGCGGAAACCUCCAUUUCUAAUCCCAACGCAUUAUUUCUCCCGCAGUGCCUUUCUCCUCGAUCCCUCACUCUCACCCCAACGCCUCCAAAACCCUAACCCUUGCUAUUGCACUUGCCCCAAAACCUCUGCUUUCUCCACCCAGUCCUCUAAAUUCCCGGAGUACGAGAUGCCCUCCGUCACCUGGGGGGUGGUCCAGGGCCGCAAGGAGCGACUUGUCUCACGCGUCAUUAUUUCCGACUAUCUCAAAUCCAUAGGCGUCAUCCCCAACGAGCUCGAACAUCUUGAGCUCCCUUCCACCGUUGAAGUCAUGCGCGGCCGCGUGGAGUUUCUCCAGCGCCUCGGCCUUACAGUGGACGACAUGAACGAAUAUCCCCUUAUGCUGGCAUGCAGCGUCCGUAAGAACAUGAUCCCUGUCCUGGGCUACCUCGAAAAGAUUGGCAUCAGCCGCUCCAAGCUAGGAGAAUUCGUUCGAAACUACCCCCAGGUUCUCCAUGCUAGCGUCGUCGUCGAGCUUGCACCCGUAAUCAAGUUCCUACGAGGCCUCGAUGUUGAGCGCCAUGAUAUCCCUUACGUCCUCCAGCGCUACCCAGAACUGCUCGGCUUCAAGCUGGAGGGCACCAUGAGCACUUCGGUGGCCUACCUCGUCAGUAUCGGUGUCUGGCCGAGGGACAUCGGCCCCAUGGUGACUCAAUACUCUUAUUUUCUGGGCAUGCGGGUUGGAACCACCAUCAAACCUCUAGUGGAAUACAUAAUAUCUUUGGGAGUACCCAAGAGGAUUCUUGCCAGAAUGCUUGAGAAGAGGACAUAUAUUCUUGGGUAUGAUCUCGAGGAGACCGUGAAGCCCAACGUUGACACUCUACUCAGCUUUGGUGUGAGGCGGGAGGCCCUGCCUUCGUUGAUUGCUCAGUAUCCGCAGAUUCUUGGGUUGCCUGUCAAGGCUAAGUUGUCGACUCAGCAAUUUUUUUUCAACUUGAAGCUUAAGAUAGACCCCGAAGGAUUUGCUCGGGCUUUGGAGAAGAUGCCCCAAAUUAUUAGUCUCAGUCAGAAUGUUAUUAUGAAGCCGGUGGAUUUCCUCAGGGGACGAGCCAUACCCGAUGAGGAUGUUGCGAGGAUGAUUGUUAAGUGCCCCCAACUGCUUGCAUGCAGUGUUGCGCUGAUGAAGAAUAGUUACUAUUUCUUCAAAAGCGAAAUGCAGAGGCCAUUGAAGGACCUAUUUGAAUUUCCAGAGUAUUUCACCUACAGUUUGGAGUCAAGAAUUAAGCCGAGGCAUCAGAAAUUGGCUAGCAAGGGAAUUAAGUGCAGUUUGGCUUGGUUACUGAAUUGCAGUGAUCGGAGGUUCGAGGAGAGAUUACAGGCUGAUUACAUUGAAGAAGAUACUCCC